AGCCACCUGAUUGUUCGAGCAUCGUGUGUGACCUGCAAUGUCCAUCGGAUAGUAAAGUUGUACGAAUUGAUAAUUAUGAUUCGAUCCUAUUGGCGAUGAAUGCAACGGAAGCGCCGCCGCCACAACCACUUCACGAGGCAAUCACAUUGAAACGAAAACGUGCCAUACUGACACGACGACGAGAAUCGAUCAAAAUCGUUCCCGGCGAUUACAUUCGACGUCGACGCGAUGCCAACAAUGACACAUCAUUGGCUGUUGCUACUGCUCAAAAAUGUUGCGAAUGCAAAUGUGAUUUUGAUAAAUGCCCAGAAUUCAAAUGCCCGCCCAAUACAUACAAAAUGACCGUUGCACAAGCGUCACAAGUACCAGGCAGCUGCUGUGCUAAGUAUCGAUGCACCACCGAAAAGCCAACAUGCUAUUCACACAAUCUACGCAGACAUAUCAAUGCACUGGAACAAUGGUCCGAAGAUCCGUGCACACAUUGCACAUGCACCGAAACUGGUGAAACCAGCUGCGAAGCAUCGAUCUGUAAAUCAUUGAAUUGCGAAAAGAGACGCACAAUCGAGGGUGAAUGCUGCCAAGUUUGUGAUAUUAGUGAUAGUAAAUUCUGCGAGCCAGAAAUUGAAUGUGAUCGUCAAUGUCGCAACGGUUUCGAACACGAUCCAGUUCGUGGUUGCGCCAUUUGCACUUGCGCCAAAUCGAAUGCGACCACGACAACCACCAUUAGCACUUCUACCACCACUAAACAAACCACUUUGGGAUUAGAUGAUAUAGCGAACAGUACGAUUGCUGUUGGCCAAAUAACCACGACUCAAUCGACGACAUGGGACACAGAGACAAGCACCGAUUUCGAUUUGAGUCCAGAUAUUAUAGAUAAUAUGAAUGCAUCAUCGACCAAACCGAUCAACAAUGAUGAAGAUUGGUAUGUUCCAUUGCGCAUUGUGCUCGGAAUCUGCGUAACGAUCGCUGCAUUUGCAAUUGUUGUGAGCCUCACGUGCCGGCGCAUCAGUCACAAAAAGGACAAACAUCAUCUAAAUCGCAAGCAAAACGCGCCAUUACUAUAAUUUUAACGAACAAACGAAUGAUGAAUUCCGCGAGUUGGAAGAGGAAAAAUCGCGAAUUUCUUUCAAUUUCGACUUCAAUUAUAUGAAUGAAUGAAUGAAAAAAAAAAAUACACAUUAUCAGGUUCAGGUGUAAUUUUGUGAUGUUCUGACUUUCGACUGGGAUACUCGACUGCGUUGGCGCCAAAUUGGCACCACCAACGUGUCAACUACGAAACAAAAAGCGAGAAGUGAAUAAGUAAAAGAAAAGUGUGUGAGAGAAAGAGAAAAAAAAAAGAUCCGUUUGCCUGGCGGGAUAUACACAAAAACAAAACAGAAAAUAAAAAGUCGAAUUAUGAUUUCGGUUUAGGUUUAGACUGUAGGCAAUAUCUAAAUGUAGGGAAACAAAAACACUAGACUAAUUAAAAAAGAAAUCACUUGAAAUGAAUAUCAAACGCAAAGAAAAGAGAGAGAAACACACUUAGUGCGUCAAUUUGUGCUCGCCAAAUUCAUUGAUACUUGGCUAACUAUCAACGUUCUCAUGUCUCCUUUUGAUCCAUUUUUAUUAUUCUUUUUAAAUUUUUUUUUCUUCUUAAAUUAUUACUAAAAAAAACCAACUGCGAUAGCCAAUCAAGGUCUUCUCUUUGCAGCGCACAUAUUUUUUGAUCGUUUUGCCGUGUAACAACAAGCAAGAAGCAAAAUAAAUUUUGAUUUUCACGAUUUUCAUUUCAAAAAGCUAACGAAAAAAAUGAAACGAAAUCUUUUCGAUUUAAGACAAAACAGUAAUGUACAGCGUUGCUGUAAUGUGUUUUUUCUUAUUGAAAUUAUGUUAAGGGCAAACACUUUGCAUCAUAUAUAUCCCAUAUAUAAUUUUCUUGAAUCAUUGCCUCCUUUUUUUGUGAUAAAUCAUAAAUCAUCGAUGACCAAUCGAAGGGAUUGCAUAAAAUACGAUACGGUAAAGCCAGUUUGGAUACACUCUAAAGAAUACUUUUUUUUCCCUUCCCCGGAAAAGUGUCGAUAUAUACAGUCCAGUUUGUUAGCAUGUUGUGGUUUCGAUGACACUCUCUUCUCUCUCUCUCUCACUUCUGAAAUAGUUGAAUUGACCGCAGCUUAAUUUACACUUAUUUUCUACAAACAUAGCGUCGUUUUUUCCGAUUUGCCGCAAAAAUUCAUUGCCAAAUUCUACCGACACAUUUCAUCCGCGAAUGUUCGGUUUGAAGUACCCAAACUCAAGUCUUGCCUCAAAUUUGUCGUUACCACACAUUUGCAUAACAUUUUACCCAUCGUAUUUUAUUUUCGAUAAAUCUUCUUUUUUUUUACCACUCGUUUCGAUUGAAAAAAGCAAACGAAAUGCGAGAAAGAAAAGAGAAAACAAAAACAAUCUUAAAUGUCUCAUCAUUUCUCAUUCGUGUUGUCCGCGAUAUAUUCAUCGAGAUGCCGCUGUCGCACACGAAUGAUACUAUUAUAUACUAAUCAUUUACGAUAUGGCCAAACGAUUUAAAUAUCGAAACCCCCCCCCCCCCCCAUAUUCUUUUAUUUUUAUUCUUCUUCUUCUUUACGUUUUAUUUUUUUCUUCGUUAAGUUGUUAGUUUUUAUCAUAAAUUAUAUUUUAUUUGUAAUUCGUAUCAUAAUUAUUUGCUCUUAAUUUUAUGCAAAACACACACACACACACACACAUACACAAAUUAUAUAUGCAAAUGUAAUCAUCUUGCCAAUUGAAAAAGUAUUUUUGUAUUAUGAUUUUUAAUAAGGCUUAUUAUUAUCAUCAUGAAUGAAAAAUAAAAAAAACUGUUAAAAGCACGAAAAAAAUACAAAAACACAAGUUAAAAAAAAAGAGUCGGCAACGCCUCCUGCUGCUGUUGCUUUGCACCGACAAAAACAACCGCUAUUUGGCAGCUAGGAGCAGGGAGCAAUAGCAAACAAAAAAAAUUAAUAAUUGUCAUACAAUUACAUCUAAACAAUUUUCGCAAAUUAAAAUGAAAUUGUUCUCGUCUGUAUUAUUUUAUUUUGCCGUCAAACGCCACCACACAUCCUAAUUUGGUCACACAUCGAACCACAUUUUUAUUUUUAACAUUGUUUUUUCUUCUUUAUUUUAGACGUUGAAACGUUAUUAUACACCAACAACAAAUUCUAUUUUACAAUUACGAACGAUAAUUAACUAAUUUUAUGCAAUUUAAAGAAGAAACAUUUUGAAAAUACAAAUAAAAACGACCAAAAAAUAUCAAAAAAUCAA